GUGGAACCGAAACAAAGGAAAGUAACGACACUGGCCAUUGUUAUUUUUUUUUAUAUUUAUUAUUAUUCUUUUUUCUUUGCAACUACAUCGUCCACACUCGGAACGCAUGCCCCAUUGGCAAGUGAACACGACACUUGCGCCGUUCUGAGUUCUGAUAUUCAAGGACAUGCGUCCUUACAUUCUCCUCCUCUCUCCCUGAGUGUGUAUUUCACUAUUUUGAGAGAGAGAGAGAGUAUUGAGCACAAACUCUCCAGUUUUGCUUUUAUUGAAACCAGAAAAUUCCAACUCAAACAUCAAUUGAUGGCAGGGAAGGGAAGAGGAAGCCGACGCCCAAGAAAAGGUAAAGCUCUGCCACUGCCAGCUGAAAAUUCUCAAGGCUCGAUCACCAUAGAUGAUUCUGCAGAUGAGAUGCUUUUGGACGGUGCAAAGGCUCCGACCUUUGAGUUUGUAGCUGACUUCUCACCAUUCUCAAGGCCUUCUAGAUAUCCGACAAGAUAUUCGACAAAAGCCCUUGCUCGAUUCACUUCAUUGCAUGCUCCAGUGAAAAACUCGGUCAGAAAUGUAAACAGAAAAACUCGCCACCUAUCUAGCUUGGACACCGAACUCAAUGUACUGAAUAAAACUCAUGAAAAGAGACUCUCAGGAAAUGAACACAAUGUGGCUCCAAAACGGCCCUGUGAAGAUCAAGUCUUCGCAUUUUCCCAAAGAUCAAUUCGUUCUUCAUUGAGGAAGCCAAUUCGAAAUGUGUCGAGAGCUACUCGUGCCUCGUCUAUCUUGAACCCGGAAGUCCCUAUUCUGAACGAAACCCAUCAAGAGUCACCUCCACGAAAUGAAGACAAUGCAAUGCCGGAGCUGAAUUGUACUUCACAACCGUCCCAUGAAGAUCUAGACUCCCACACUCCAGCUGGAUCGCCAACACAACCGAGUCCCGUCAACUACAGCCCACAGCACUACCUUACUGACAACACCAAAACAAACAUCGACAACAAGUCCAUUUCGGCUGGUGCAUCCAUUGAUUGCAAACACUCCUCGAUACAUGUCGACAAGUUCAUCCUCGCCAACGAAAUUUCGAUCGAGGAAAAAAAGGGUUCGCCGGAAAAGAGCACCGCCAGCAACAACCGCAGCUUCAACGUGACCGAGUUUGCACGCAGGCUCCACGACGAUGCUGAGGACGACCCAGAAGAGGAGGUCGAAUCGCCCAUCGAGCCCGGCUUCGAGCUCGUUCAUGGCCACAAGGUCAAAACCGAAACCGUGCCAUUAGUCGAGCGCAUAUUCGAAAAACACGGGGACAUCACGAGUGGGACCCACAUGGAAUCCCCCAUCUCCAUCUCCAACUCACUCGAGCAGCUGUGUGGGGUGUGCGGGAGGCUGGAGAAGUCGAGGUUCGUGGAGCUCACGCUCGCUGAGCUGGACGCCAUGCUGGCGGACGUGCGGGAUAUGGAGAGAGCGGGGCUGAGGAUCGAGUGGCUGCGGGAAAGGCUGGAGUUCGUCUCGCGCGCGUGGACGGACUACAAUCAGUAUUUCCGUUUGAAGGAGUUGGUGAAGGAAUACGACGUGUCGAUAGGUGGGCUGGAGAAGGAAUUGGACGCGUGGAGGGAACAGCAUUUGGAGAUGGGGAGGAAGAUCUCGGGUUUGGAAGAUGAGCUGGCGGCUAAACGGGAGAGGAGUGAGGUGGUGAGGAGUGCGGUUGUGAGUACCAGAAGUAGGGUUAAGAGUCUUGUGAGUAAGAAUUUGGUAGACGGGCUUCUUUAGUUCGUUUUUGGAUUCGUAAAACGGUGGUCUGACUUGUAGUGUGGAUAUAUGUUUGAUUAGUAUUUGGGAGUUGGGACAGUUUUCAUGCUUUUGCGUUUGAUGUCUGUUUGCAGCAGUUCAUGUGUUUGGAGUGGAGAUGACAAACACAUGAACUGCAAGUAUCAUUUUAGCUUGAAACAGUUAAAUAGCUAAACAGUUUUCACCUUCAGAUUCUUGAUUUUCUGGUUGGACUGUUAAGAUACUUCAGAUUUCCUUCACAAAUAUUAACACUGGGCAUUAAGGGUUGAGCACGUGAUUUGGAGAUUGCCGAACCAUUUCAAAAAUCGAACUAAAUUCAUC